AUGAGAAAAGUGCACCACACAAGACAGAAUACAGAAGUAACACCCAACAAUAUCACUGGAGAAGAAAAUACUUCUACACUAAAUAAUAACCCUUCAGCGGUUACAUUAAGUACAAAUAAUGAAAAACAGCAGGAAAAUAACUGGCACGAGGUAGUAGAAGAGAAUUCGGAAAAUUCUACGGUGAUUUGCAUGGAAAGUUCUGGAAAGAAAUCGAAGAUAACAGAGGUGGCUUGGCCACACACCUUAGAGAAAACUGAUACAACAACUAAUAAUAGAGAGAAUACAACAGCAUCAAAUUCAAAAGACAACAGCCCACCUCCCGAAGCA